UCCUCUUUAUUUCCGGUUUGCUGUCAGCUAACACCUGGACAGAAGCCAUGUUAAGAUGAUCGCGGUGUUUUAAUGUCUAGGAGUUUGCAGCAGAGAUCACAAUGGGUGCAUCACUCUAUUUUUUCUUUUUAAUGCUGUGUUUUCGGCUUGGACAGACCUCGUUACCGCUGGUCAUCAACACAUGGCCCUUUAAAAGCGCAACAGCUGCAGCGUGGCGUGCCCUGCAGUCCGGAGGCUCGGUGUUGGACGCGGUGGAGAUGGGCUGUGCCCGCUGUGAAGUAGAGCAGUGUGACGGCACGGUCGGCUUUGGGGGGCGGCAGCCCUGAUGAGACCGGAGAACCACGCUGGACGCCAUGAUCAUGAACGGCAACACGAUGGAGGUGGGUGCCGUGGCAGACCUGAGAAGAAUCAAAAAUGCUAUUGGAGUUGCCAGAGCUGUGAUGGAGCGCACCGAACACACGAUGCUGGUGGGAGAGUCAGCCUCUGUGUUCGCUGAAAACAUGGGCUUUGUUGCAGAAGACCUGACUACCAACAAAUCUUUGAAUGUUUUCUCCCAGUGGCUCAAGGGCAACUGCCAACCUAAUUAUCGAAAGAACGUCAGCCCAGACCCGUCAAAGUCGUGUGGACCCUACGGGCCAGAGGCCGUGAGAGCGCAGUGUAAUGGAGAGCGGCAUGUUAACAUACACUCCCAUGAUACCAUAGGGAUGAUUGCCAUCGAUGGCGAUGGUAACGUGGCAGCUGGAACGUCAACCAAUGGACUAACUCACAAGGUUCCAGGCCGUGUCGGCGACUCCCCCAUCAUUGGAGCAGGAGCCUAUGCAGACAGUUCAGCCGGUGCUGCCGCCGCUACUGGAGACGGGGACAUCAUGAUGCGCUUUCUACCCAGCUACUUGGCCGUGGAGCUGAUGAGGAACGGGGCCGAUCCCUCGGCAGCCUGCAAGUCGGCCAUCUCCAGAAUCAAGAGGCAUUACUCAGACUUCUUUGGAGCCAUAAUCUGCGCUAACACAACAGGCCAUUAUGGUGCCGCCUGCAACAACGUCCCCAGCCUCACGCAGUUUCACUUCAUGGUGGAAACCGCCGAGUCCGACGCUCCCGUCCUGAAGUCUGUGGCCUGCUUCUAAAAGUCAGGAAAUGUUUCAGGUCGUCUGGGCUGCUGGUCUCCAGGAGGGAUUUUCAUUCUGAUGGUUUCAUUUAAUACAACUGAUUACAUUUAAAAAAAAAAAAGUGUUUUUGAUCAUUAU